AGCAAGUUUGUGGAGUAGCAGUUGAGGCACCAUGACUAUCAUCACCCAGUGUCUCUUACUAAUUUUCUUCUGUUUCCUCUUGCCUGCACUCCUACUGAUAUUGUUCUUCAACAAGCCAACAACAACCGGCCGGGGCAGCCACCCUCCGAGCCCGCCUGCCCUCCCAAUCAUCGGCCACCUUCACCUCGUCGGAGACUUCUUUCACAAAUCCAUGCAAAACCUCGCCACCCAAUACGGCUCUAUCUUCUAUAUCCGACUUGGUUUUUCCGACUGCAUCGUCAUUUCGUCGGCCUCCUUGGGCAACGAGAUAUUCAAAACCCACGAUCUUGAUUUCGCGCAGCACCCCAAGGUAACUUUCGCCGACGAACUGCCCUACGUCAGGUGUGGAUUCUUCAGCGCCCCAUAUGGUGAUUAUUAUCGGUUCAUGAAGAAACUCUGCAUGACGGAGCUGCUCUCGCCCAGACAGCUUGAGCGGUCGCGGGUUGUCCGAGAGGAAGAGCUCGGCCGGUUUUUGCGUGGAUUGGUUGAGAGUGGUAAGAAAAAAGAGGUUGUGAACGUGGGUGUUGAGCUCAUGAAGCUCACAAACAAUACUAUAUGCACGAUGGUGAUGAGCACAAGGUGUUCGGAGAAAGGUGAUGAUGCUGACAGGAUCAGGGGGUACCUGAAAAAGGCUUAUGAUGCUGGUUCCAAGGGGCCGGGGCUUAUUGGGGAUGCGUUGGGGCCGCUGAGUAGAUUGGUUUUUUGGCUGUAUAGAAAUGAGAUCAUGGAUAGUGUCCAGGGGCUUGAUGAGCUUCUGGAAAGAAUAUUGAAGGAGCAUGAAGAUAAGAUUGGGAAGAGAGAGAAUGAAGAUUUGAUGGAUAUAUUAUUGAAGGUGUACCGAGAUGAUAAGGCUGAAGCCAAGUUCAUGAGCAGAACCCAUCUCAAGGCUUUUUUGGUUGAUAUUUUCGUGGGAGGCAGUGGUACCUUGGCAGAGGCGAUCAUAUGGGUAAUGGCUGAGCUCAUCAACCAUCCAAAUGUAUUCCAGAAGCUGAGAGAAGAGAUAAGAUCGGUUGUUGGCAGCACUAGACUCGUUGAGGAAUCUGAUGUCGCAAGUCUCCCCUACUCAGUGGCGAGAUCCCACUGUAUGUACUCAUCUUUGUCGGAGCAGCUCAUUUGA